AUGAAGGAAAAUCGAACAGAGAAUUUCUUUGAUUUUUGUGAGAAAUCUUCGGGGAGAAAAAUGUUGAAUUGGGACACGACGACGCUGGUCAGCGAGUUGAUUCACGGGAUGGAGGCGGCGAAGCAGCUCCAGUCACACAUCGGAGAAUCGCCGUCUCCGUCGCCGGAAUCUUUUCCGCCUACGACGGAGACUAACGAGAGCCUGGUGCUCCGGAUAGUUUCCUCGUACGAGAAAGCUCUGCUGAUGCUGAACUGGGCUGGGCCGCCGCCCGUACAGCCGGUAACUCCACCGGCGGCGGCGGUGAUUCCGGUGUUGAACUCCGGCGGGAAAGCGGAAUCUCCGGCGUCGAUAAACGGGAGCCCGAGAAGCGAAGAGUUGAAUCAAGAUUACAACUUUAAUCCAAAGAAGAGGAAGACGAUGCCAAAGUGGACGGAGAAGGUGAGAAUAAGCCCAGAGAGAGGGUUCGAGGGUCCUCAAGACGAUGGUUUUAGCUGGAGAAAGUACGGCCAGAAAGAUAUCUUGGCUUCUAGAUUUCCCAGAUCAAAUAUCCCGGUAACUCCACCGGCGGCGGCGGUGAUUCCGGUGUUGAACUCCGGCGGGAAAGCGGAAUCUCCGGCGUCGAUAAACGGGAGCCCGAGAAGCGAAGAGUUGAAUCAAGAUUACAACUUUAAUCCAAAGAAGAGGAAGACGAUGCCAAAGUGGACGGAGAAGGUGAGAAUAAGCCCAGAGAGAGGGUUCGAGGGUCCUCAAGACGAUGGUUUUAGCUGGAGAAAGUACGGCCAGAAAGAUAUCUUGGCUUCUAGAUUUCCCAGGAGUUAUUACAGAUGCACGUACCGUAACACGCAGAACUGUUGGGCGACGAAGCAAGUCCAGAGAUCGGACGGUGAUCCAGCGGUCUUCGAAGUGACAUACAGAGGAACACACACCUGCUCGCAGGCGAUCCCUCCCCCGGCUUCCCCCGAAACGCAGGACGCCAAAUCUAACAAAGCCACCGGAAAUUACCAAAAUGACCCUCUCCACAGCCUCGGGACCAAUCUCGGCGUCGACGCUUUCUCGUUCCCGGCAGCGACGUUGUUUUACGACGACUCCGACUUCGGAUUCUGCCACGUGGGUGGUUCUGAUCCGUCGGAUUUCCCCGGGCUGAUGAUGUCUUCUGCCAAUACCUCCACGGGGAGCUCUCCAAUCUUCGACGUGGAUUUCCAGUUCGAUCCGACGGUCGAGAUUGACACUGGCUUCACCUCUUUUUUCACGCGAGUCGAUCUCUAGAACCGCUAGAUCCGACGGUAGAAAUUACUCUAAAGAUCUGUAUCUUUUUUUUUGGACUAAAAUAACAUUUUUUAAGAUUGCGAAGCCGGUUAAGAACCGGUUUAGUUGAUGCAAUUUGGGAAAGAGGCGAAUAUUUUGGGAAAUUUUCUCCAAUUAAGAGUGUCCUAAAAAGGAAUACAAAAAGAUGUUCAGUAUACGAGCAGAUAGACAUUUUUUUUAAGAUGGCGAUGCCGGUUAGUCAAAAUAACACCUUUUAAGAUUACGAAGCCGGUUUAGAACCGGUUUGGUUGAUGAUAAUGUAAAAGAGGCAAAAAUUUUGGGAAAUUUUCUCCAAUUAAUAGUCCUAAAAGGGAACACAAAAAGAUGUUCAAUA